AACUCGCUUGUGAUUCCAGAUUUGAUUGGUCGUUUAUUAAUAGUAAAAGGGGGAUUUCCGAUGACUAGUGUCGUUUGCCUGUUGCUGACCUGUAUAAUAUCGGCAAUUAUUCUGAUUUAGAAUUAUUUUUGAAACGGCACAUUAUAUAGUAUUAUAUAUAACUUCCUUGUUUGGGUAUUCUCGGAACUCGCGCUCACACAUUAACGGACCACUUGGAGUGUUCGUAGCCAAGAUAUACAAGUGUAUGGCGUUCAUGCGGCGUACAGGUGCAUUCAUAACAACAUAAACGCUAACCAACUUCAGCAUGGAGCAAAGUCGACAGAGAGAGAGACAUAGGAAUUCUCCUCCGGGCGCAUACCCUGGGCAUGCGCGACCGUUUACGUCAGGUGCUGACAAGACACGUGAGCGCGGGUCCAGACCGUCCUCGGCUUCAAGAUCAAUUCGAUCUGAACGUGAUCGCAAGACAGAAACCGUAAAGCCAGACAAAAAACCUACGGUGGACUCCAGGGAUCUCUCCGACCUCCGGAAACUCCUUCAUGUUGCAGAGGAAGUCCAGAAGAUCGAUCUCACCUCUGCUUUGCAUCUUUACAAAGUGCUGAUGAAGAAGACUAAAAAUGAUGAUCAGAUGGAGUCAGAGGAACAGUACCUUGACUCUUUGAAUACACGAAUAGAACAAGCUACGUCAGGGAAAAUCUCUCGUGAUAGAGAGGAACUACAGGACCAAUUUAACGCCCUGCUGAACGAAAAAGAGAGACUGGAAGAAGCAAACAAGAAGUUGGAAAGCAGAUGCAAGGAGUAUGAUGGUUUUUAUGCACAUUGGAAACAAGCUGAAACGGAAAAAGAAAAAUACAAAACUGAUUUAAAAAGGAAAGAAAACGAACUUAAGGAGGUAAAGAUCGAGAAAACAGCUGCAUUAACGGAGAAAAACGAGGCAUUGACAAGAUUGAGUAAGGAGUUGGGGAAUAAACUGACUGACAAUAACCCGGCGAUCGCUGACCUUAGUGACCCUAACAGGGCCUUAAAGAUCGCGGAGAAAUACAACGAGCUGUAUGAUAAUGAGUGGACGGACGCCAUGGAGAAACUGGACGAAACUGACAAAAACGAGAAGAGGAAUACUCAAGUUUUGCUCGAUAUCCUAACGAAAUGCUACAAGUUUUGUGUAGAACUAGCAGAGAAACAGAUGAAAUUGUUGGAGAUGGCCUUGGUUAGCCCCAUGGACAUGGAGAGACCGAAACAAGCCUGGGAACUGUCAGUGAAGUUUAACGUUCCGAAAUCUAUUUUCAAGCAGUUGAAGGAUUGCAGGAAAGAGAUGUCGUCUCAAGUCAUGGAAAACAUAGCUCAGGAAAACGUUGCUGACAAAAUUGGAUAUCAUGCAAACAAAAUCCCACAUUUUGUCAAGAAAUGCAUUGAGGUGUGUUGGUUUAUGUGCGUCCUGGACCCACCUGUUGUUAUUGGUAAACAAGCGACCUUGAAUGAUACUUUCGAUACCAACAUAUAUAAGCCGUACACGAACAGUGGAACAAUCGUAUCGUACAAUGUGUGGCCGCCUUUACUUCUCCACCAGAACGGAUCCCUGCUUGUGAAAGGAAUCGUCCAGCCAAUAAAGGUGGAGAAAAAGAAAAGGAAGGACCAUGUGGGUCUGACAGGGAUGAAAGCUAUCCCAGCAGUGAAAGAUCGGACAGAUUACGGUACCACAUACUCGCUUAAAAAUAAUGACCGUUUUACUGGAAACGCAGGAUACGACUCUUAUGAGGACGUUUAUGGUAGGACGGAGUCUGUCAGAAAAAACAAGCCAUUUCAAACAGAAACGUCAUGGAGAGACCACACGCCUUAUUUGGAUUACAGUAGAACCACCGACCACGAUCCGUACACACAGGUAGCGACCCACGGUUCGGAUUCUCAUCGAUCACAUGUCCAUGAUCACGUUGAAGCAAAACGAUCAAACAUAGGAACCUACCAUUACGAAAGCACACGACCAUCUACAAACUACGUUCAGCAAUCGGUUUCUCCAGAACGAUCAACUUUCAAACAAAACGGUGUGACCUACAUACAAAUAGGCGACAAGUAUUUGAAAUAUGAAGACUAUAAAAGUUAUUUGCGAAAGCUUGAGGAAUCAUAUGCUUGAACAUUCUGAAGCUCAUUUCACAUGGUAAACUGAAAGAUCUUUGAACUAGAUUCAUUUUUGUCGUAACUAUAGUAGCAAAAAGAAAAAGAAAAGAUAAAUGAAAUAUUGGACACGUAUGUGUAUGAUAUUAAAGUGAUGACCAAUUUGUGACGGAUUUAACAGAUACAGUAGAAAUAUAAGAAUAUAUUAUAUGAAGAAAAGUUUAUAGAAAGCUUUGGUAUGGUUUCAAUGUGAUAUAUACAAUAACUUAGCGCUAGUCCUCAGCCAGUAGAUAUGAUUAAGGUUUAUUAAGGAAAGUGAUUGGAUGUGUGUCACCCUACACGGAAACUCACUUUGUUUUAUCUGAAAACAUGCAGAGACUUAACUGUCAAAUAUAUGUGAACAGGGAUGGGGGCGGGGCUCUAGGUGUGAAAGGUUGUGUGUAGGUUUUUUGAAUGUUGGUGUUGGCGGUAGUAGGUGUGAAAAAAAAUAUAUGUUAUUUUGCAGUAAAAUGACCAAUCAUAGAGUAGAGUUUUGUGUAAAACAAAUCGAAAGGUAUGGUUAAAUAAAUGUGAUUUAACCAAACAUUGCUGUUUAUCAUGAAUGUUAUUACUACAUGUAUUAUAUAUUUAUAUAUAUAUAUAUAUAUAUUCGCAGUCUUGCUAUAUUUUGUUUGGAGAUAUAUUCCCAUAUUUCCUAACGGAAGAUUAUAUCUUUAUAAGGAAACAUGACUAAUCAAAAUAUUAUCUGUAACGAUUCCAUCCUCUAUGAUACUUGUUUACUAUAUGUUAAGAGACUUUGACAUGUGUAUAUUGUAAAAGCGGUUUUCAAAUAUAUGCAAUUAAAUGAAAUUAAGUGAAAAUAUUGAAACAUAUCUUUUUACUAAUUUUUUAAAUGUAAAUUUUAUUAAUCAAUAAAAAUGGUUUAAAGAAGAUUC